UUUUCGUGUGGAGAUCAACCUAUCUUCGUUAAUUGACUACGCAAAAUAGUUAAUGGAAAAGGCAGAGUGACUCGUGAGCUUGGCAGAUCCAAAAGAGGUUGUCAAGAAAAAGCAGAUUUAAAAGUUGUUCCCUCUUCUUUAAGUCACCCAUUAAUUUCACAUAUAUGUACAUAUAUGUUGCAUUUAAUUCAUAUACAUACAUAUAUAUAUAUUCUCAUAUCUAUAAAGAGAGCAUAAGACUCAGAGAGAUCUAGAGAUAGAGGGAGAGAGAGAAAGAUGGGUAGGCCUCCAUGCUGUGACAAGAUAGGGAUCAAGAAAGGACCAUGGACUCCUGAAGAAGAUAUCAUUCUUGUUUCUUACAUCCAAGAACACGGUCCUGGAAACUGGAGAUCUGUUCCCACCAAUACUGGGCUACUGAGAUGCAGCAAAAGUUGUAGGCUCAGAUGGACAAAUUAUCUGAGACCUGGAAUUAAACGUGGAAACUUUACUCCUCAUGAAGAAGGAAUGAUCAUUCACUUGCAAGCCUUAUUGGGUAACAAAUGGGCGUCCAUAGCUUCAUAUCUACCACAAAGAACGGACAAUGAUAUCAAGAACUACUGGAACACACAUUUGAAGAAGAAGCUCAACAAGUCCGAGAGUGACGAGAGAAGCAGAUCAGAGAACAUGGUGUUGCAAACUUCCGCCACAAGAAACACCGUUAAUCAUAGAUCUACCUAUGCUUCAAGCACCGAAAACAUUUCCCGCCUUCUUGAGGGUUGGAUGAGAGCAUCUCCAAAGACUAGUACAACUACUACUACUUUCUUGGAACAGAAAAUGCAGAACCGGACAAACAAUUUCAUCGAUCAUCACACUGAUCAGUUUCCAUACGAGCAGCUUCAAGGUUCUUGGGAAGAGGGUCAUAGCAAAGGAAUCAACGGGGAUGAUCAGGGUGUCAAGAAUUCAGAGAGUAACAACGGUGAUGAUGUUCAUCAUGAAGAUGGUGAUGAUGAUGAUGAUCAUCAUAAUGCUACACCACCAUUGACAUUUAUUGAGAAAUGGCUUUUGGAGGAAACAAGUACUGCUGGGGGCCAAAUGGAAGAGAUGAGCCACUUGAUGGAGCUCUCUAAUAUGCUUUAAUUGUGACAUUUUCUCCUUUGUUUUUAUUUUUCCUUGUGAAUCUUAUUAAUGAGACUACUAAUUUUAUGUACACGAAUAAAGAGACCAGAAAGACAUAAUCUCAUAUGUUUUUUGGUUUCUCUAGGAUAUAAGUAGCUAAAAUGCUCACUGCAUAAGUUGUAACUAAUCUAAACUUGUCUACCCAUUUACAUGAAUAAAAUCCAAUUUAAGACU